AUGUGCGGAAGAGUCAGCAGCCUUAACAGAGAAGCAACAGAGAGGAACUGGCUCCAGCGCGAUCGGUCACCCGUGACCCGUCGUAUGCUUACUGUGCACAUUGUUCCCUACGAGCACUCUCUGCGGAUAGCCCUACGGCCCCUACACCGCCUGAUCCUAGUCAAGGCAGUCACUGCAAGGCCUACGAUCCAGCCUUCUAGUCUAGCACCAUCUUUCUACAGGAGCGUCCUGAGUCUGACAAUGAGUAAGCCAUCAGGGAGCUCCGAGCCUGCUCCAUGGCGUCACCUGCUUGCCUCUCAUCUAAAGCAAACACCCGAAUGGGAGUUUACAGUCGCGACAAAGAACUUGCGGCUGACGUGGAUUCUUCCCAGAACUUGA